AUGCCUCACAUCCCGUUGUCACCUCGAGAGGCACGCAGAGUUCACUGCUUCAAAAGGCUCAAGACGUAUGCCAACUUUCCAGAAGCACCUCAAGAGGAGGCUUCUCUCAGCAAUAGGCUCAAGACGUAUGCCAACUUUCCAGAAGCACCUCAAGAGGAGGCUUCUCUCAGCAAUAGGCUCAAGACGUAUGCCAACUUUCCAGAAGCACCUCAAGAGGAGGCUUCUCUCAGCAAUAGGCUCAAGACGUAUGCCAACUUUCCAGAAGCACCUCAAGAGGAGGCUUCUCUCAGCAAUAGGCUCAAGACGUAUGCCAACUUUCCAGAAGCACCUCAAGAGGAGGCUUCUCUCAGCAAUAGGCUCAAGACGUAUGCCAACUUUCCAGAAGCACCUCAAGAGGAGGCUUCUCUCAGCAAUAGGCUCAAGACGUAUGCCAACUUUCCAGAAGCACCUCAAGAGGAGGCUUCUCUCAGCAAUAGGCUCAAGACGUAUGCCAACUUUCCAGAAGCACCUCAAGAGGAGGCUUCUCUCAGCAAUAGGCUCAAGACGUAUGCCAACUUUCCAGAAGCACCUCAAGAGGAGGCUUCUCUCAGCAAUAGGCUCAAGACGUAUGCCAACUUUCCAGAAGCACCUCAAGAGGAGGCUUCUCUCAGCAAUAGGCUCAAGACGUAUGCCAACUUUCCAGAAGCACCUCAAGAGGAGGCUUCUCUCAGCAAUAGGCUCAAGACGUAUGCCAACUUUCCAGAAGCACCUCAAGAGGAGGCUUCUCUCAGCAAUAGGCUCAAGACGUAUGCCAACUUUCCAGAAGCACCUCAAGAGGAGGCUUCUCUCAGCAAUAGGCUCAAGACGUAUGCCAACUUUCCAGAAGCACCUCAAGAGGAGGCUUCUCUCAGCAAUAGGCUCAAGACGUAUGCCAACUUUCCAGAAGCACCUCAAGAGGAGGCUUCUCUCAGCAAUAGGCUCAAGACGUAUGCCAACUUUCCAGAAGCACCUCAAGAGGAGGCUUCUCUCAGCAAUAGGCUCAAGACGUAUGCCAACUUUCCAGAAGCACCUCAAGAGGAGGCUUCUCUCAGCAAUAGGCUCAAGACGUAUGCCAACUUUCCAGAAGCACCUCAAGAGGAGGCUUCUCUCAGCAAUAGGCUCAAGACGUAUGCCAACUUUCCAGAAGCACCUCAAGAGGAGGCUUCUCUCAGCUAUAGGCUCAAGACGUAUGCCAACUUUCCAGAAGCACCUCAAGAGGAGGCUUCUCUCAGCAAUAGGCUCAAGACGUAUGCCAACUUUCCAGAAGCACCUCAAGAGGAGGCUUCUCUCAGCAAUAGGUUCAAGACGUAUGCCAACUUUCCAGAAGCACCUCAAGCGGAGGAUUCUCUCAGCAAUAGGUUCAAGACGUAUGCCAACUUUCCAGAAGCACCUCAAGCGGAGGAUUCUCUCAGCAAUAGGCUCAAGACGUAUGCCAACUUUCCAGAAGCACCUCAAGAGGAGGCUUCUCUCAGCAAUAGGCUCAAGACGUAUGCCAACUUUACAGAAGCACCACAGGAGGAGGCUUCUCUCAGCAAUAGGCUCAAGACGUAUGCCAACUUUACAGAAGCACCACAGGAGGAGGCUUCUCUCAGCAAUAGGCUCAAGACGUAUGCCAACUUUCCAGAAGCACCUCAAGGGGAGCCUUCUCUCAGCAAUAGGUUCAAGACGUAUGCCAACUUUCCAGAAGCACCUCAAGCGGAGGAUUCUCUCAGCAAUAGGCUCAAGACGUAUGCCAACUUUCCAGAAGCACCUCAAGAGGAGGCUUCUCUCAGCAAUAGGCUCAAGACGUAUGCCAACUUUACAGAAGCACCACAGGAGGAGGCUUCUCUCAGCAAUAGGCUCAAGACGUAUGCCAACUUUCCAGAAGCACCUCAAGGGGAGCCUUCUCUCAGCAAUAGGCUCAAGACGUAUGCCAACUUUCCAGAAGCACCUCAAGGGGAGGCUUCUCUCAGCAAUAGGCUCAAGACGUAUGCCAACUUUCCAGAAGCACCUCAAGAGGAGGCUUCUCUCAGCAAUAGGCUCAAGACGUAUGCCAACUUUACAGAAGCACCACAGGAGGAGGCUUCUCUCAGCAAUAGGCUCAAGACGUAUGCCAACUUUCCAGAAGCACCUCAAGGGGAGCCUUCUCUCAGCAAUAGGCUCAAGACGUAUGCCAAGUUUCCAGAAGCACCUAAAGAGGAGGAUUCUUUCAGCAAUAGGCUCAAGACGUAUGACAACUUUCCAGAAGCACCUCAAGAGGAGGCUUCUCUCAGCAACAGGCUCAAGACGUAUGACAAGUUCCCAGAAGCACCUCAAGAGGAGGCUUCUCUCAGCAAUAGGCUCAAGACGUAUGCCAACUUUCCAGAAGCACCUAAAGAGGAGGAUUCUUUCAGCGAUAGGCUCAAGACGUAUGCCAAGUUUCCAGAAGCACCUAAAGAGGAGGAUUCUUUCAGCAAUAGGCUCAAGACGUAUGACAACUUUCCAGAAGCACCUCAAGAGGAGGCUUCUCUCAGCAACAGGCUCAAGACGUAUGACAAGUUCCCAGAAGCACCUCAAGAGGAGGCUUCUCUCAGCAAUAGGCUCAAGACGUAUGCCAACUUUCCAGAAGCACCUAAAGAGGAGGAUUCUUUCAGCGAUAGGUAUGCCAAAAUCCCUGUGGCUAUUGGAAAGGGUCGUUGGGUGCCCUGCCUCACCUCGAGAAGCGUCCCUUGUGCCCUGCCAAGCCUCGAAGAGAUUUCUGAGCUGUCCCUCGUUACUGGACAGGAGUCCUGA